AUGUACAUCCUCGAAAUCACUCUGGACGGAUUUAAAUCCUAUUCAGUCCGCACAGUCAUUGACAAGUUUGAUCCUUAGUUUAAUGCAAUUACUGGACUAAACGGAAGCGGGAAAUCAAAUAUAUUGGAUGCAAUAUGCUUUGUGCUUGGUAUCAGCUAGCUAGCCAACGUUAGAGCAGAAAAACUAUAAGAGUUGGUCUACAAGCAAGGAAACUCAGGUGUGACCAAAGCAACAGUGACCAUCACCUUUGACAAUUCAAAUAAGGAUCAAUCACCUCCAGGCUACAGCGACUUGAAUAAAAUCUCAGUCACUCGUACUGUCGAAAAUCAGAAGUCAAAGUAUUACAUCAAUGGUAGCACCUCUACUGCUGAAAAGGUGAAGAGUCUUUUCUGCUCAGUUAAAUUGAACGUCAACAAUCCACAUUUCCUCAUCAUGCAAGGUCGUGUGACUAAGGUUAUCAACAUGAAGCCAAUGGAGAUACUUGGACUAAUUGAGGAAGCAGCAGGUAUCAGUCUGUAUCAAAACAAAAAGGAUCAGACAAUGGCGCUAAUAAGAAAGAAAGACGCCAAGCUCUAGGAAAUUGACAAGAUUCUUGAGGACGAUGUGAAUCCUCAGUUAGAGUAAUUGCGCAAGGACAAGGAAGAGUAUGCUCUGUUUAAGAGUAAUGAAGGCCUGAUCCAGGAAAACGAGAAGAUCCUUGUUGCCUACGAAUACUUUGACAUCCACAAGUUCUUAAGCGGCAGUGAUAGAGAACUUGAGAAGAAGAGAAACGAGAGACUCAAGUAUGAACGAGAUAUUACUAAUAAAACUCAAGAGGUUGAGACUCUUAAGGUCUAGCUGUCCCAGAUAUAGAAGCAGACUAACUCAACCAAGGAAGAGGAGACUCUUAAGAGACAAAUUAAUGGUAUUGAGAAGAGCAUUCUGACUGAGAGUCUAGAAAUGGAAAAACUCUAAAACUCUGAGAGGGCAUUCUUGCUCAUUUAAAAAGAGGCUCAGACAUCAAUCGAUAAACUCCAAAAUGAAAUAAAUAAACUUAUAAAGAAAAUAACUGACAUUGAUAGUGAAAGUCUUGGCCAGAUUGAAAAGGAUAUCGAGCAGAAGAAAGACUAGAUAAGGGAUCUUGAGAAGGAAGUCAAGAUGAUCAAGGAGGGAAAGGAUAACAAGGGCUCUGCUCAGGAAGCUAUCAACAAAGCAAUGACACUCUAUCAGAAUGAGAUUAAGUUAAAGACUAAUGUGAUCAAUGAUGCAGAGAAAGAUUUCUCUCGCAGACAGAAUGAAUCGAAAACCUUUGAGAAGGACAUAUAAGUCAUCAAAGCAGAGAUAUAGAAGAUCGAGAGACAGAUAGAUGAAAAGAAGUAUGAACUAAGUGAGUAUCAGAACAUGAGGGAGGACAAGCACAGAAUUGAGCGCUAAAUACACGAAAUAGAAGGUGAAAUUAAUAAAAUGGGGCAGGUCUCGAAUCUCUAUCAUUUCAACUACAGAGUGCCACAUGAAUAAUUUGAUAAAAGAUUGGUGUGCGGCAAACUACUACAGCUAUUCAAGAUCCAAGAUUCGAAGUAUGAGCAGGCAUUGGAAGCAGCAGCUGGUGGUAAACUGUACAAUGUAGUAGUUCAAAAUGAAAGAGUUAGUAAGGAACUCAUAUAAAAUAAAUGUGUGGGCUAUAAUGUUACCUACAUUCCACUUAAUGUUAUAAGAAGUGACACUCCUAGACCAGAUAUUGUUUAGAGAAUUAAAGAACUCACUCAAGGAAAGGCAAGACUAGCCAAGGAGCUAAUAGAAUACGAUCCUAAGUUUGAACCAGCUAUGAACUUCGCAUUCGGAAACGUGUUUGUUGCUGAUGAUGAAGAGACAGCAAAGAAGGUGUCCUUCAACAACUUUGCCAAGUUUCUAUGUGUAACUCUGAAAGGUGAUAAAUACAACCCAAUGGGUACUUUAGAAGGAGGUUAUCAGAGAAAUGCCAGCAUGCUGAGCUAGAUUGAGAAGUACAGAGUAUCCAAUGAGAAAAGGUCAGAAUUAGCUAUGAAUAGAGACGAAUUAGACAAGAAAAUGAAGAGGGUUGAAUAGACUUAACAAUUUGUGGAUAAUUUGAAGCAUUAAAUGUAACUCAAGCAGCAUGAAUAUAACUUGAAGGAGUAAAGGGCAAGAGAGUAUCAACAAGAUCCUAUGGAUAGUUAAAGAUUAAAGGCUUUGCAAGAUGAAGUUGAGGAUUUGAAGGAAAAGAUUAAUGAAAUCGGCAAAAAUGAAAAAGAAUUGCUAGCAGAGAUUGCUAAUUAUAAGCAAGAGAUCAAGAAUCUUGAUAACGCCAAAGGCAAUGACAAGGAAAAGUACUUUAUAGACAAGAUAAAGCAAUCACAAUAAUAAAGAGAUGCCCUUCAGAAAAAGUUGGCUUCGAUUAGAGAUUAAAAGAACACAUAUGAGAUAAAGAUUGAUGAGAAUAAGUAAGAAAUAGCUUAGUACACGAAGAAAGUUGAAGAUGAACAGAAAAGAUUGCAAAAGGAGAUAAGUGAUAUGCCUAACCUGAGUAAUUCUUUGAUUUAAAAUCAGAAAUUGCUUGAAUAAAAGAGAGCGGAAUUGGAAAAAUGUGAGGGUGAGAGAGCUAAGGCCAACAAAGACUUAGAAGUUCUGACUGAUAAGAAAUUAAGAAAAGAGAAGGAGAUUGAUGGGCUCUAGGUUGAGUUGAAGGAUCACAACAUAUUUAUGAAGAAGUAUGAGUAGAAGAUUAAAGAUUAUGAAAAUGCUAUGAAUGAGAUGCUAGGCCAGCAUAAAUGGAUUGAGCAGGAGAGAGACUUCUUUGGGGUAGCAGGUCAUAAGUAUCACUUUGAGAAAAUUAAUAUGAAUCAAAUCAGAGAUGAGACUAGACGUAUCAAGGAUGAAAACGAUGGACUCAAGAAAAGAAUCAAUCUCAAGGUCGAUGCUAUGUUUGAGAAAACCGAACAGCAGUAUCAGGAUCUACAGAAGAAGAAAGAGACUACUAUGCAAAAUAAGGCUUAAUUUGAGGCAACUAUUGCAGAGUUGGACGAACUGAAGAAUGUAGAGGUAGAGAGAACCUAUAAAGCUGUUAACAAAUACUGUUCAGAGAUAUUCUCGACUUUGCUUUAGGGAGCAAUGGCUAAGUUAGUACCUCCUGAAGGUAAAACAGUGCUUGAAGGACUAGAACUCAAAGUAGGUUUCAGCGGCUCUUGGAAAGAAUCUUUAUCAGAGUUAAGUGGGGGUUAGAGAUCCCUGCUUGCACUGAGUCUCAUUUUAGCAUUAUUGAAAUACCAUCCAGCACCUCUAUAUAUCUUAGAUGAAAUAGAUUCAGCUUUAGAUCUCUCUCACACUUAGAAUAUCGGUAUUAUGAUAAGAAAGUUCUUCCAGAAUAGUCAGUUUAUCAUUGUGUCCUUGAAGGAGGGUUUGUUCUAGAAUGCCAAUGUGCUGUUUAAGGUCUAGUUUGUUGACAGCAGGUCAACAGUCAAGAGAUUCCAAGUCAGGAAGGGCAAUAGUGGUGGCAAUGAAAAUAUGAAUGAUCAAUCUAUGAUGAUUCAACAGAGUAAACCUAGUAACAAUAACAAAAAGAGAGGAAGAGGUGGCAAAAAUGAUGAUGACGAUGAUAUGUCAUUUUGA